ACCUUGACACUUCACAAUUAAAGCUUUAUAGUAGUUUAAAUUGUCAAAUAAAAAUCUACUAAUUCUUCGACCGGAUAGUAAAUUCAGUUUAUUUGGAAUUAAUUCAGUUCAGUUCAGUUUUCUUCAACACUGACGACAUAUUAUAUUCAUUUAAUUUGGACUUUAUUAUCAUUAGAGUGUCAAUAUUGGAUAGUGUCAACAUAGAAACUGCCUUUCUUCAGUGUAUGAAGUUCUGUAGCUUCUAACAGUCACACUCUGUGUCAGCCGUUCAGAACCAAAUGGACAUUGCAGGAUUUCUGUGUCAGCCGUUCAGAACCAAAUGGACAUUGCAGGAUUUCUUCAAGUUGAAAACUCUCGGUUCAGAGCGAAUACUUGUAACAAAAUGUGAACCAUAGCGUUACAUUUAAAUAACGAAGUUGCAUAACAAUGAGAUGAAAACGCGUUACGCAUCACAAGUUCAGACGUUGUCAAUGGACGCGAGAAGAUAAUUAUAGCAACUGUGAGCCGGUUGCAUGUGGCUGCAUAUUAUUGUUGCGCAGUCAUUGGAACAUAAUCAGCCAUACGAUACAGUCACAUAAAACGGGUUUUCUAUACGAUUAAAAAAGGACGGAUAACUCUAAAUCAGAUCCGCAUUGAAACAAUGUUUCUAUUCUCCGUCUUCGUCGCCAGUUUUCUUUCACUGGGCGCAGGAUUCCCGCACGGAGCCCCGUCCAUCGCGUGCAAUGGAAUGGUGCCCGGACACCUCCCGACCGUAACUUCCGGCGAAAACCCCUUCCGGUUCAACUUGUCUUCGAAAGCAUACAAACCCGGGGGAACGAUACAAGGCACCCUAUAUGCGCCCGGCCAGAUGUUCAAAGGAUUCCUGAUCGAGGUGGGGGCUCAGAACGAUGUGUCCAGUAAAGAGACAGCUGUGGGGGAAUUCAUUAAUCUAGACUCCUCCAUCGAGAAACAUGUCUGUGGAACGGCUGCGGUGACACACGUAAAGAACAAUGAGAAGUCCAGCGUGUCCUUCACGUGGAAGGCUCCCGCAGACGCCAAGGGGACGCUCUAUGUGAGAGCGACGGUUGUGCAGCAGUUUUUCCCAAGCCGCUAUUGGUUAGGAGCUUUCUCAGUACCUCUCAACCCCUCGAAGUAACGCGGGAUGAAAUCGAGGCCACACCCUGGGGACUACUGUGUACUGAAUGCGUUUAGAAAUAAACGUUUAUGCGCAUUCGAAAUGCGUACAUACUGCAAUAUAAAUCAAAGCGCUUAAGGCACUGAAUGUGUUCGCUGUUGUAUAAUCUUAGACGCAACUCAGUUUUCAAAAUUAUGUUAAAGCUUUUUAUAUCGCAAGUUUGAAAUGACCACAACCUAUUCAAAUUAUAAAGAGUGUGUCUUAAAACACAGGUCGAGAUGUGUAUUGUUGUUUUUUCAAAUCAUUGAUACAGCUAAUCAGUGUGCACAUGCUAAUCUUAUUUGACAUGCAUUAAGUCCCGUUUUGCCUGAAAGCGGCCAAUAUGUACAGAUUUCAAUGAAAAACUCUAGACUGGCCAACGUCGUCUUACAAGCAGUUAAAUACUCACUAUGUAGUGUACCAGUGAGAACAGGCAGAUUCGUCGUCUGCUUAAAUUUAAUAGAGUUAUUCACACAGGCAGUCACGGGUUACGGUUACUACCGCAGCUAAGGCAUACUGAUUUGCAAAAUAGCGUCUGCAUUAUUUAACGCUCACAAAUAAAAAGAACACGUUUAAGUUUGAUAUAUGGAAACAUCUCAUAUAAACAGUCUGUAUAAUGAAUGUACAUCUUUAUGUAAACGUACGUAUUUAAUAAAUAAUUUAUGUGAAACGUAAGUGUGAAAUGAACUAGCUUCUUUUAAUUAUAAUGAUAUAUAAACAAGGUAUAACUACUGCGGUUUUGUGUGUGUUACAUAAAACUCUUCGCCAAUAUAAUAUUUUAUUUCCAUUCUUAAGUAAUACACAUAGAUACAUGGAUAUAUUAAUGAAUAUUUCGUAGACUUUUAUUUUGCCAUUUCGAGAUUAUUUGCGACCAGUCAUUGAGUCAUGUAGAUAAACAAAUCAAUAAAGGUUGAAAACCUUAA